AUGGUAUAUAACUCGUGUCAUCUUAUUGGUCAACCUAUUAUUAAAUUACAACUAAAUGAUCUAAAGUAUCUUAUUAUUUUAAUAAUGGUUGGUUCCUAUGUUCGCCUAUAUAUGAUAAAUAACCCAUCUGGUCCGAUUUAUCAAGAAGCUUAUAUAGGAAAAAGAAUUUCUAAUUAUAUUAAAAGAGAACUCCAUGUUGAUAGGCAUCCACCUUAUGCUCUUAUGCUUUAUUCUUUAAUUGCAUCUAUUUUUAAUUAUGGAAAAUUUAAUUUAAAAAACAUUAAUAAAGCUUAUAUAAACUCUAACGUUCUUUAUAUAUCCAUGCGGUUUUUUUCUGCUAUUUUUGGUAUUUUCUUGAUACCCGUUACCUUUUUUACAUUAAGGGUUAUGAAAUUUACAAGAAAUACUGCUAUUUUUGGUUCUAUAUUGAUUAUUUUUGAGAAUUCUAUAGUUACUCAGAGUCGUUUUUUAUUUGUUGAUUCACUAGUGUUAUUUUUAAUUGCUUUAACGCACUUGUUUUGGAGACUAUUCGAAAGUCAUCAGCAACAUUCUUUUAAAAAAGCAUGGUGGAUAUAUUUAAUAGCAAUUGGGUUUACUUUAGGUGCACUUAUAAGUACAAAUUGGUUAGGAAUUUUUACACUUCUCUGGAUUGGGCUUUUGGGAUCUCUACAAUUAUGGCAUUUUAUAGGAGAUCUUACAAUGACUCCAACUACCUGGAUUAAACAUUUUGUCUCACGUGUUUUGUGUUUAAUUAUUGUUCCUAUUUUAUUUUACAUCACUAUAUUUUAUUUUCAUAUAAGUUACUUGAAAAAUGCAAACAAUAAUCUGUUUUUGAGUCCCGAAUUUUUGUCUACACUUAAUAAUAGAGAUGUUAAAAAUGUACCUUCACUAGUUCAUUAUGGUUCUAAAGUAACUAUUCGACACUUUGGCUCAUCGGGAGGGUAUUUGCAUUCACAUCCUCAUUUAUAUCCUGCAGGAAGUAAACAGCAACAAGUGACUCUUUAUUUAUAUGAGGAUAGUAAUAAUGAUUGGUUAAUAACAGACUCUGGUCAUGACUCUUCAGAAGGUUCUUCUUCUUCAAUCUUAGAUGGUUCUAUAAUUAGAUUGUAUCAUCUAGAAACUGAUAAAAGAUUGCAUUCUCAUGAUGUUCGUCCAUCUUUAUCGGAUACUGAUUGGCAAAAUGAAGUAUCUGGAUAUGGAUAUAAAGGAUUUGCAGGAGAUAAUAAUGAUCUUUUCAAAAUAGAAAUAGAUAAAUCAAGAAGUUACACUCAAGAAUCUAAAGUUAGUGUUCGUGCAAUUCAAACAAGGUUUCGUUUGAUUCAUGUAUCCACUGGAUGUGCUUUAUUUUCUAAUGGUAUUAAUCUUCCUACAUGGGGAUAUGGCCAAAUAGAAGUUACUUGUGCAAAAAAUGGAAUUAUUGAAAAUAGUUUAUGGUAUAUUGAGAAUAAUAACCAUGAUGAUUUUCCUGAUGAUAUUGAAAAAGUAACUUAUAGAAAGAUUAAUUUUUUUCAAAAAUUUUGGGAAUUGCAGAAAUCUAUAUGGAAAAAAAAAUUUGAAUCUAAGAACUUUUAUGCAUCCAACAAUCAUCCACUUUCAUGGCCUUUUUUAACACGUGGAAUUCGUUUUUGGACUGCAAAUAACAAACAAAUUUAUUUUCUUGGAAAUCCAUUAGUAUGGUGGCUAGCAUUUGUUUUUAUAGGAAUCUAUACUGUUUUGAAACUAUUUAAUAUAUUGCGUAAUCAAAGAGGAUAUUCGAAAUAUAAUGAUAAAACAUAUUUAAAAUAUGAUUAUCUUAUUGGUACUACUCUAAUUGGUUGGAUUUUUCAUUAUCUUCCAUUUUGUUUUAUGAAAACACAAUUUAUAUUAUAUCACUAUAUACCUUCUUUAUAUUUUUCUAUUGUAUCUUUUUGCUCUUUUUGGGAUUUUAUAUCCAUUAGAUUUUUUCAAAAAUCUCAAACUAAAUUACUAACAUUAUUUUUUUUGAAAAUAGUCAUUUCAAUUUAUUUUAUAUUAUCACCUCUAGUUUAUGGCUCUAUUAUGAGAAAAGAGCAUUGUAAUUUUAUUAAGUUUUUUAAAACUUGGGAUUUAGAUUGCUAA